CCCCUCGCCCCAACAGGUUGCCGUGUACGUUGCUAAGGUGGGAAUUACAGUGAACAACUGGAAUAAAGGGUUCCGGAGGCGAGUACACCCAGCCGCCCUUACGUAAGAAGCGGAAGAGCGUGUCUUCCAGGAAGAGGCGGAGUCGAGGUGAGAGUAAAAUCCUUAAUACAGGAAUGGAUUUUAGAGUUUCUGGGCGCUGAAGAAAUAGGGGGCCUUCCGCCUGCGGGCCUAGGGAGUCGACACCGUGGAGCCCCGCCAGACUAGGGACCUACCACUGAAUAAAUCCAGUCCAGGGUGCGGCGACUCACUGGCUUCAUGGGGUCGCAGCAGCCGCCGGGGUCUCCGCUGUCUCGCGAGGAGGGUGAAGCGCCCCCGCCUGCUCCCGUUCCUGAGGGCCGGCGGAGAAGUCGUCGAGUACGCCUUCGCGGAUCCUGCCGUCAUCGACCUAGCUUUUUGGGCCGCCGGGAGCUUGGCACGGGCGCCCCAGCCGGGCCUGCGCCGGCAUCCUCCGAGAUAAUGGCAUCAGCUGCUAAGGAAUUUAAAAUGGACAACUUUUCACCUAAAGCUGGUACUAGCAAAUUGCAACAGACAGUACCAGCUGAUGCAUCUCCUGAUUCUAAGUGUCCUAUAUGCUUGGAUAGAUUUGAUAAUGUGUCUUACUUAGAUCGCUGUUUACAUAAGUUCUGUUUUCGCUGUGUACAGGAGUGGUCAAAAAACAAAGCUGAAUGUCCACUGUGUAAACAGCCCUUUGAUUCUAUUUUCCAUUCUGUGAGGGCAGAAGAUGACUUCAAGGAGUAUGUCCUGAGGCCUUCGUAUAAUGGUUCUUUUGCCACCCCUGAUGCUCCACGAUUUCGCUAUCGUACAACUAUGACAAAUCGAAGUACUUCUGUGUAUUCACCUAGUAGUACCGUGAAUAGAAGAACAACAACUCCACCAGAUAGUGGAGUACUAUUUGAAGGGUUAGGCAUUUCAGCAAGACCUAGAAAUGGUGAAAUUCCUCAACUUAUGAGGCAGAUUGCAAUAAGGAGGCCAACUACUGCAGAUGAAAGAUCUUUGCGAAAAAUUCAAGAACAAGAUAUUAUUAAUUUCAGACGAACUCUCUAUCGUGCUGGUGCUCGUGUUAGAAAUAUUGAAGAUGGUGGUCGCUGCAGGGAUAUUUCAGCUGAAUUUUUCCGUAGAAAUCCGGCUUGCCUUCACAGAUUAGUCCCCUGGUUAAAACGUGAACUUACAGUUCUUUUUGGAGCUCAUGGAUCUUUAGUGAAUAUUGUCCAGCACAUCAUCAUGAGUAAUGUUACUCGCUAUGACUUGGAGAGUCGGGAGUUUGUAUCUGACUUAAGACCGUUUUUACUUAAUCGGACUGAGCAUUUUAUACAUGAAUUUAUCAGUUUUGCUCGAUCUCCCUUUAACAUGGCAGCUUUUGACCAGCAUGCUAACUAUGAUUGUCCUGCUCCUUCAUAUGAAGAAGGUAGCCAUUCUGAUUCUUCAGUUAUAACAAUAUCUCCAGAUGAAGCUGAAACCCAAGAGUUGGAUAUCAAUGUAACCACUGUUAGUCAAGCACCAUGGGAUGACGAAACUCCAGGGCCAUCUUACUCAAGCUCAGAGCAGGUACAUGCUGCCAUGUCUUCCCUUUUAAAUACUUCUGAUAGUUCAGAUGAAGAACUUGUAGCAGGAAGAGCUACGUCUCAGAUACAAGGAGUACAAAGUAAUGAAGACCUAAAUAAUGACAGUGAUUCUUCUUCAGAUAAUUGUGUCAUUGUUGGGUUUGUUAAACCACUAGCUGAGAGGACCCCAGAACUUGUUGAACUGUCCUCUGAUUCUGAGGAGUUAGGCUCUUAUGAGAAAAUGGAGACAGUGAAGACACAAGAACAAUCUUACAGUUCUGGUGAUAGUGAUGUUAGUAGAUGUUCAUCUCCACGCUCUGUCCUUGGAAAGGAUGAGCAAAUAAAUAAAGGUCAUUGUGGUUCUGGUAAAAGAAUCAAGUCGAAGAAGGAAGAGAAACACUCAACAUCAUUGUCAUCUCCUAGAGACCUGAGCUCAUCUAUCAGAGGAGACAGAGUAUAUUCCCCAUAUAACCGUAGACACAGGAGGAGGGCAAGGUCAAGAAGUUCAGAUUCACGUUCCCAGAGUAGAAGUGGGCAUGAUCAGAAGAAUCGUAGAAAGCAUCAUGGGAAGAAAAGGAUGAAAAGCAAAAGAUCCAGAAGCAGGGAGAGUAGCAGACCUAGAGGUAGAAGAGACAAAAAGAGAUCAAGAACUAGAGAUAGCAGCUGGUCAAGAAGAAGCCAGACUCUCUCUCUAAGUAGUGAAAGCACAAGCAGAUCAAGAUCUCGUAGCAGUGAUCAUGGUAAAAGAAGAUCACGGAGCAGAAAUAGAGAUCGUUAUUACUUAAGAAAUAAUUAUGGAAGCAGAUAUAAGUGGGAGUACACUUACUAUAGUAGAAACAAGGACAGGGAUGGCUACGAAUCAUCAUACAGGAGGAGGACUCUGUCCAGAGCUCAUUAUUCCAGACAAUCUUCAAGUCCAGAAUUUAGAAUUCAGUCCUUUUCUGAAAGAACAAAUGCAAGGAAAAAAAAUAAUCACAGUGAAAGGAAGUAUUACUACUAUGAAAGGCACAGAUCAAGGAGCCUAUCUAGUAAUAGAUCAAAGACUGCAUCUACAGGGCCUGAUUGGGUAAGAAAUGAAAAGCCUGGGGGGAAACGAAAAUACAAAACGCGCCAUUUGGAGGGUACUAACGAAGUGGCCCAACCUUCUCGUGAAUUUGCUUCUAAAGUAAAGGAAAGCCAUUACCAAAAAUCCUCGUCAAAAUUAGAUGGAAACCACAAAAAUGAGAGUGAUAGCUUUUCAGACAGCCGGUCAUCAGACAGAGAGACAAAACACAAGAGGAAAAAAAGGAGGACCCGGAGCUUGAGUGUGGAGAUAGUUUAUGAAGGGAAAGCUACUGAUACGACUAGACACCAUAAAAAGAAAAAGAAGAAGCACAAGAAGAAGCAUAAGAAGCAUCAUGGGGACAAUGCUUCACGCUCACCAGUUGUAAUUACCAUUGACAGUGAUAGUGAUAAGGAUUCUGAAGUAAAGGAGGAUACAGAAUGCGAUAAUAGUGGUCCUCAAGACUCUUUACAAAGUGAGUUUUUGCCUCCUCCCUUCGAACCAUUUGAAGCUAAAGAUGUAGUUACAAUAGAAGAUGAAUUUGGCAUCCUAGACACGGAGUGUAAUACUACCACGCUUAAUAACAACUUGAAUAAUGCCAACAAAACUGUGGAUAAUAUUCCAUCCCAGGCAGCUUCAGUUGAACAAACUCUUGAUGUAAGAGAAGAGAGUACCUUUGCCUCUGAUUUGGAGAACCAGCCCAGUAAUGUCUCUAUUCAAACUGAGCCAUCAAGGCAAUUGCCAUCUCCACGGACAUCAUUAAUGUCAGUGUCUCUUGGGAGAGACCGUGAUAUGUCUUAAAACUGCCAAAGCAUCUCAUUGAGAAUUCUGAUGGAAAACAAAAACAACAGUUAACAGUUUCAUCUGCUGCAGUCUAUUUAAAGAUGACUUUUGGUGAAAACUCUUUUCCCCCUUAAAAAUAUUUUAAGUGAUUUUUUUUGUGUUAAAAAUUUGUAAAAAUCAUUAUUUGUUCAAAAAGUAUGUAUGUCCCACCCUCAGAGAUAUGCACUUUUAAGUGAGGAAAAUGAUAUUGCUAGCAGUUUAUUUAAAACUUGGGGCCCUUUUUAAAUAAAAAAAUAUAUAAAUUUUAGAAGUUAUUUCAUAAAGCCAUAUGGUAUCAACAUAUUUUUAAAGUAGUCAAUGAGUAUUUUUGAAUUUUUUUUUGAGAGUUAUUCUGGAAAUGUGUUAUAAGCUAGGAGAAUCCCUUUGGACAGUCUUUAUUUUUCUUCUUAAAACUUUGUAUGAUUCAAAACCAUUUCUUCAGGUUAAAUUAAGGCAUUUUAAUCUGCACAGUUUAGACAUCUGCCAAAAGAAAAUUUAAAUAUUUCCUUUAUAUACUUGUUUAUCUGGACUGCCAGUAAAACAGAUGUGUAUUCGACAAAAUAAAAAAUAAAACAGUAACACUUUACAAGAAUCCAGAAAUUUUUCUAUGUAGUAUUGCCUUUUUUUUUUUUUUUUUUAAUUUUAGUAGCGCUAAAAUCUUGAAAAUAGUUAAGGAUAUACUUGUUAUAAAUAGUAAAUUUUAGAUGAUCUGCAUUUAAUUUCACAGUUUUAAUUAGUUCUUUGAUUAUAAGGAAUAUCAUACUUGUUUUCUGUCUUCAGUAAAAUGCAGUUAUGUAGCAUUUAGCCUAUUAAAAACAAAAUACCCUUGCCAAACUUCUACAUUGGUAGUUCUUGUAUGCAAAGUGGUUAUGUUUAUGUUUUAUCCUGUUUUAGAGAUGAUAAAAUAAAUUGCUCUCUGUCUAGCCUGAUGUAAGAUUGCCAGGGAAGAACAGAAUUUGGAUUAAAUCUAAUUUAGUAGCCUUCA